AUUACGAUAACUUCUUCGGCUUCGUUAGUUGGAAAUAUUUUGUACGCUGGGCGGCUGUGCAGAUGAGCAUGGGAGUUUUCAAUUUGACUGCCAUAUUUAAUCUGUACAAUAUUUCUUCUUUUAUUCUUGGUCGUUCGUCCCCGAUAUUCUCGUCACUUUAUAAGCCUUGUCACCUACUUGGUAUUGUACACAAAUUGCCCAGGCUAUCUAUACGAUGACCAGAUGCUCUAUGCACCAGGCAGGCGUGGGGACAUGCUCUCUGGUAGAAAUAGCAUAUAAUGGCGCGUGGGGAGUGGAAAACAAGCCAAAAUGCCCUCAUUGUGGAGUGAUUUUAUGGGUGGUGUUAUGUCAUGAUCUAGACGUUAUGGGACAGUAUUCCGAAGUUUCCUGGGAAGACAUCUCGAUAGAAACUAUAGGAUUCAGCGAGAUAGAACUACAAAGGGUGAGAGUAUUAUUUAACAGCGCGCCUUUAACAACGGGCAAAGAGAGACUCAAACCAUUUUCAUUCGACGUUUUCCGACGACCAUGCGGUAUUCCUACACACGCUCAAAAUACUACUAAGCACCCGGGCAUAGAUUACCCUGGACAAGAAAUAAUGUGGGCAAACAGAAGCCGGACCUGGGAUGUUUUAGAAGACUCUUCAACUCAGGAAGCCUUCGAUCGCGCCGCCGGGUGGCUUUCUCACUGUAUGGAGUUUGAUGAACCCUGCAACCCGCCAGAUAAGAACUUUGCACCCCGCCGCCUUCUCAACGUGAGGCAUAGAGACCAGAUAGGUGAGCCGUUCCUCUUUGAACCCAAAGAGCCAACAGCCUAUGCUUGUCUUAGUUACUGUUGGGGGACAGAUAUAGGAGACGUUCUGAGAACGACAACAUCUAACAUUAACGACCAUUACAAAGAGGUCCCUCUGGGUUCUAUGCCUAAGAGUCUACGAGAUGCUGUCAUGGUCUGUAGGGGGCUUAAUAUCCUAUACCUGUGGGUGGAUUCCAUCUGCAUUAUCCAAGACGAUCGCGACGCCUGGUACCAAGAUGCGUCUAUAAUGGACCAAAUCUACCUCAACUCCCAGGUCACAAUUUCAGCACUAGAGCCGAGCAGUUGCAAAACUGGAUUUCUAGGAAAACAGAAAUUUGGUCUUCCUGGGUGGCAAUAUGAAAUUACGUCUCUGGUUACAUCGGAGGAAUUUAUAGUUCGGCCAGGAGUCAGUCGAAGCGAAGAAUGUUCUUUAGAUAAGAGAGGCUGGUGUCUGCAGGAGGCGGUACUUUCUCAUCGAAGGCUCUGUUUCAAUGGAAAUGAAAUGAGCUGGGAGUGCUCAUGUCGCAAAAUUUGCGAGUGUGGGCACUGUGUCUGGCCAAGAUACGGACAGAUGGUGCAAAAGUACGAAUCAAAUGUCGCCCAGCUUGGAGCGUUAUUAAGGGAAAUUACUUCGCCAUCUGCAUCAGUACAAAAGAUUGAGGUUUAUAAUUUAGGGGUUUCCGAGCUGCAUGGGACAUGGCUGAAAGGGAACAGGCUAACCGACGAUAUUGAUGGAGCGCCAGAAAGGAUCUAUGACCUUUGGAGAAGGGUGGCAUCUAACUAUUCACGACGCGCAGUUUCUCGUCAGAGCGAUAAAUUGGUGGCACUCGCUGGAUUAGUCAAUAUCAUGCGUAAGAGCAGCCGGUCCGAAGCAAGCACUAAGAAUGAAUACAUUGUUGGACUCUGGAAGAAGGAGCUUCAUUUUGAUUUAACCUGGAGAGUGGCUGCGUUCAAACCUAGGUCAAAGUUAUCGGCUGAUGAAGAAUCUGAUGUUGUGGAUCAAGGACAUUUCCUCCCCUCGUGGUCAUGGGCAUCUUGCGAGGGAACGAUCAGUUAUGAUGAUUAUAUAUCACCGUUGUUACUUUGUCGCGGGCUUGGGUCCGGAAUCAGAGUAGCCGAUAAAUGUUUUAUUAAGGGUAUUGAGGGAAUUGCGGAAGAUGGAACUCCUACAACCAAAGGCGGCCGUAUAAGCUUGGAAGGAGCCUUGAUACCUGUUGAACUGGCAAUAUUUGGUGAGUGUAUUCACCCAGGUGGAGCCUUCACUCCUACCCGAGAAGCCGACGUUUGGCCAUUCCCAUUGGGAUACCCUCGGAAUGAUAUACCAGCGAUAUCAGCGUUUAUAAGACCGCGAACUUUAUGCUCUGCGAGAGUGUACCUCGAUGAGCCCGCAGACUCAACAAUGAGUCGAGAUGAUGCCCAAGCUUCUUGUUGGACCGAGGGACGAUGUAAAGAGCAUUGCUGUUCAUGGAGUGAGGAUCAGGAUAGUACUAAAAUUAGGUAUUACUGUUUCAGACUCUAUUCGUGGAUCAUGAACAACGAUGCGCGAGAUUCAUUGCUUAACAGCAAUCAUGAACCAGGAACAUUUAUGACGGAAACAUUGUUCCUUGUAUUGAAGGCAUCUAAACGUGUUGACGGUGCGUUUGAAAGAGUUGGCGUUGGCAGUUGGGCCGGGAUACGGAAGUCGGAGUGGGAUGUGGAAAAUACCAACCUAUUUAGAACAGCCAAGACGCGAAUUAUCGAUAUCAUAUAGAGAGUGUCAUAAAACGGCUAUGAAAGGGGUUGGACUUUUUAUAAUAAGUCGAAGUCAAGGUUAAACGAUACCUUAAUAAGCGUAUAGUUUUCCUGACGCUCAUUAUACCUCUCCUUAUUAGUGUCAAGUAUUAACUAAAUCGUUUUUGAGUAUAUUACAAAUGUUAUGAGACGAGUACUAUAUGGCUGAGGACGACAUGUAUAUGACACAAAAGCCACAAUGUCAAAUAACUCAAAUCAAAACUUUAAACCCAAGUAAAAGAUAUAGGUAAAAAUACCAUCAUAAAUUGUAAAAGACUCAUCA